CCCGGCGCGUGUAAAGAGCAGGAAGUUGGCUUAAGGAAUAAAGAGUAUAACCACAGUCAUCAUACUUUUUGUCUUCCAAGGGGAACUUUAGGUUUUAUUUUCAAGCCGGCUACGGCAAAGAUCGUGUGGCUGAGUUGAGCUUCCUUUCUGCUUCUCCUCUGGUCUCCGGCAGAUCGCGUUUUUGUUUCUGAUGCGUGAUUGGAAAGAUAAACACUCUCGUUGAUCCUUGUAAACAAAGAACGUGUACUCGUGCUGACUGACGGGAGUAACAUGCCGGAAAGAGGAGUAUUCCAUCCUCUGCACAAUGUGGCUGCUCUGAAAAAGAAGGCAACAAAUCAGAGAAUCUGGACUCCCUGGAAGAACUUAUAAGUACACCUACACUGAAGACUAAUUUAGAAGAUCUUCUUUUGACCUGGAAAAGAAAAAGCCCUCUUGAAAGUAAUGAAAUCUUAGUAAGUAAUGAAAAACCGGGAACAACCUCAGGUUUCUUUUCAGCGCUGCAGCCAGGAUGAGCCAAGUGUACUGUUUGUCUUUCUAUCUUAGUACAGCACUGGUCAAAUGUUUGGACACAGCUUCUCAUUUAAUGCCUUUUCUUUCUUUUCAUUACUGUUUACAUUGUAGAUUCUCACUGAAGGCAUCAAAACUAUAAAUGAAGAAAUAUGGACAUAUGAAGUAAACAAAAAAAUGAAAAUAACUCAUGCCUUAUAUAGACACAGUGGGAGGAACCAAACCUCUCAAAUUUUGACUCAUCAGACCAGAUUUUCACUGGUCUAAUGUCCAUUCCUUGUGUUUCUUGGCCCAAACAAAUGUCUUCUGAUUGUUGCUUUUCCUUAGUAGGGGUUUCUUAGCAGCUAUUUGACCAUAAAGGGCUGAUUCACAAAGUCUCCUCUCAGCAGGUGAUGUAGAGAUAUGUCUGCUACUGGAACUCUGUGUGGCAUUUCUCUAGGCUCUAACCAGAGGUGCUGUGAUGUCUGAGGCUGGUGACUCAGAUAAAUCCAUUGUCAGCAGCAGAGGUGACUCUUGGUCUUCCUUUCCUGGGGCAGUCAUCAUGUGAGCCACUUUUUUGUUUGUAGCGAUUGAUGUUUUUUGCGACUGCGCUUGGCGACUACAUCAUGAAGCUCAUUGAGAGAAGGCCAAGCGAUUGCAGUGCUGUCAACAAAGGAAAGGGCAAAAGAAAGGAAAGCAUCAAACAAAACAAAAACCAACCAGUUCCAGGAAGUACAGAUGAACCAGUUGUGAACCGGAUGGAAAAGACUUUUACCACUAUGAAGCAGCCCAGAAGACGCCAGAGCAUUGACAGUGGAGACAAAAGCUUCACGUGCGAUCAGUGUGGAAAGGCUUUCACUUCCAAAAAUAACUUAAAAAGACAUCUGGUCAUUCACACUGGAUUUAAACCAUUCAGCUGUGAUCAGUGUGGAAAGGCUUUUACUCAGAGUAGCAGCUUAAAAGAACAUCAGCUCAUCCACACUGGAUUUAAACCAUUCAGCUGUGAUCAGUGUGGAAAGUCUUUCACUUCCAAAGAUAACUUAAAAAGACAUCAGCUCAUCCACACUGGAUUUAAACCAUUCAGCUGUGAUCAGUGUGGAAAGGCUUUUACUCAGAAUGGUCACUUAAAACAACAUCAGCUCAUCCACACUGGAUUUAAACCAUUCAGCUGUGAUCAGUGUGGAAAGACUUUCACCGGGAGAAGCGGUUUAAAACAACAUCAGGUCAUCCACACUGGAUUUAAACCAUUCGUCUGUGAUCAGUGUGGAAAGACUUUCACCGGGAGUAGGGGUUUAAACCAACAUCAGCUCAUCCACACUGGAUUUAAACCAUUCAGCUGUGAUCAGUGUGGAAUGGCUUUUACUCAGAGUAGGAGCUUAAAAGAACAUCAGCUCAUCCACACUGGAUUUAAACCAUUCAGCUGUGAUCAGUGUGGAAUAUCUUUUACUCAGAAUGCCAACUUAAAAAGACAUCAGCUCAUCCACACUGGAUUUAAACCAUUCAGCUGUGAUCAGUGUGGAAUGGCUUUUACUCAGAGUGGCAGCUUAAAAAAACAUCAGCUGAUCCACACUGGAUUUAAACCAUUCAGCUGUGAUCAGUGUGGAAAGACUUUCAGCGGGAGUAGCGGUUUAAAACAACAUCAGCUCAUCCACACUGGAUUUAAACCAUUCAGCUGUGAUCAGUGUGGAACGUCUUUCACUUCCAAACGUAACUUAAAAGGACAUCAGGUCAUCCACACUGGAUCUAAACCAUUCAGCUGUGGUCAGUGUGGAAAGGCUUUUGUACUCAAGAAUAGGUUAAUAAAUCAUUAACUAAUCCACCCAAUCAUCCAUCCAUCAUCUUCCGCUUUAUCCGGGGCUGGAUCGCUGGGUUGGAUCACGGGGAGCCGAGAGAUAUAAUCUCCCCAGCGUGUCCUGGGUCUGCCUCGGGGCCUCCUUUCGAUGUGGAGGAGCAGCUGCUCUGCGACUCUGAGCCCCUCCCGAAUGGCUGAAGGAAUAACAGAUGGGUUGACGGUGGGGAUGGGAUUACAUCAAUUCUGAGCCCCUUCUUGUUUUCAUUAGCGAUGGACAGACUGACAUAUGAGGUCAGUUAAGAGUCUCUGUUGAAUAUCUUGUUUGCAGAUGAUAUUGUAAUCUAUAGUAGGAAUAGGAAUCAGGUGUAAGAGAACCUGGAGAGGUGGAGGUAUGCUCUGGAGAGAAGAGGAAUGAAGGGAAGGGAAAUAACAUGCCUAUCUUAAGCUGGCAGCCAGCAUGUAGAAAGACUUUUUCUGAAUUGUUGAUAUUAGUUUCUUACAUUUUCUGAUUUUUAAUCAAAUGGUCUUUUCAGAAACUUCUGAUUGUUGUUUCAUAAAUGUAAUGGCUAUUUACUAGAAACCUAAAUUAAACCCAUGAUUAAGAGUGUUAAGGAAUAAACAUAUAUUGUUAGUGCUUAUUUUCUGAUUAUAUUGUUUUUUGUACUUUGUAGUAAGGUCUGUGAGGAAAACUAGGUCAGAGGGUGACUGGUCGCCUUGGCAACAGAGACUUCAGUAAGGAGAAGUUAAAAAACAGGAAGCUAGGGUAGAGCUGCAUAGGCAUAUUAAUAAAACACAGGAAACCGGACAGAAAAGCGGAACUAGUAGCACAGAAGGAGUUGUUUAUAUCGAAACUAUGUGUGUGUGACGUAUAGCAGAACUAUAAACGGAAUUUAAUAAGAGGCCACGAUGCACCAAGGUUUAGAAAUCUAUGCACGCAUAACAAAACAAACUGUUCAUUGAAGAUCGAGUUGAGGAAAAGUUUGUCACGUUAAAGUCACGCAAAUGUUGAAUUUAUCUGUUCUGUGCAAACAUCUAUGUAAUCUUGCUGACCAAGCAUUAUUGUCAUCAUGUGAUCACAAAGAGAAUCAGAGCAUCUGAACAGAUUGCCUUCUAGGUCAAUCUGAAAGACCUGUUGCUGUUUAGUGGGCUGUUCAUCGUGAGAUGAUUAGUGAAGUCAAUGCAGCGCUGUUUCUCUAAGGUAGCUAUUUGAAAUGUGUUGAAAUGUUUUUUGUUGGGAUUUGAGUGUAAACUAGGUCGCAGGCUGACAGCAAACUGCAUGCUUUUGCAGAGCACAGGAGGUGCAGACAGAAAGUGAAACUAAGCAAAGUGAUUCGAUCCAAACUUAGAGUGUGUGACGUGCUGCGGAAAUAUAUAUGUAUAUAUAUAUAUAUAUAUAUAUAUAUAUAACCAUGUUGGCUGCUGCUGCUAUCAGACCUGAGCGUGUGUGUUUGUGUGUUCAGGUCUCCGUUCCCGGGAAUGUAAAAUAAAGAUCAUUUUUUGAGCUUUGACCACCCUGGGUCCAGUCUUUCUUUGCCGCCAAAAGAAUUCAAAGAACAAAAUUUAAUAGUUUUAAAUGAUUUCUGUUGUCUUAAAACAUGAUGUGGGUCUGUUUUGUUGCAUGAUGAGAAAAAGAAAACUGUCUUUUUUAUGUUCCAUCAAACUUUUUUUUAUUGUAUUUCAUCAGUUUGUUAUUUUGACCAAAGGUAUGUGUAAAAUUAAAUGUAUCCUAUAAUUAUUAAGAUAUAUAAAACUUAUAAUGUAUAUUUCUUAUUUUCUGUGAACUUAUUUACACAUUACUUAAAAGUUAUGUCGCUAUAAUCAUUCUUUGUAUUUUCUCUGUAAGAAACCGACUUGCUACCCCUUUACUCCAGUGUACCUACUGUUAAGUA